CUCGGAGGUGAUGUCAUGGGGAGAGCCUGGCAAGCAGGGCUGAUGCUGGCAGGAGCCCUUAGGAGCAUUAAGUGAAUGAGGAGCACCGGGAGGGACAGCCAGAGCAGGUGUUGGGGGCCCCGACAAAGCUUCUGGCCACACUUGAUUCCCAGCCUGCUGAAGGAACCCGAGUGCCAUGACUCUGGCCGCGUACAAAGAGAAGAUGAAGGAGCUCCCCCUUGUGUCCUUGUUCUGCUCUUGCUUCCUGGCUGACCCCUUGAACAAACCAGCGUAUAAAUACGAAGCAGACACCGUCGACCUCACCUGGUGCGUCAUUUCGGACAUGGAAGUCAUCGAGCUGAACAAGCGCACCUCAGGCCAGUCCUUCGAGGUGAUCCUAAAGCCGCCGUCCUUCGACGGGAUCCCCGAGUUCAACGCCUCCCUGCCCCGGCGGCGCGACCCCUCGCUGGAGGAGAUCCAGAAGAAGCUGGAGGCAGCUGAGGAGCGGCGGAAGUACCAGGAAGCGGAGCUCCUGAAGCACCUGGCGGAGAAGCGGGAGCACGGGCGGGAGGUCAUCCAGAAAGCCAUCGAGGAGAACAACAACUUCAUCAAGGCGGCCAAGGAGAAGCUGGCGCAGAGGAUGGAGUCCAACAAGGAGAACCGGGAGGCCCACUUAGCCGCCAUGCUGGAACGCCUGCAGGAGAAGGACAAACAUGCGGAAGAGGUGCGGAAAAACAAGGAGCUCAAGGAAGAAGCCUCCAGGUAGAGAGGCCAGGACGGUGGCGGUUUGGACUGACAGCGCCGGUGAAGCUUUGCGACCGAUGACGGGGAGUUCCUCUGCUUGCUUUGUUUGUGAAUGUAAAGAAUUGACCAGUGAAGCCAUCCUAUUUGUUUUGGGGGUGGGAGGGGAGAUGGGGAGGAGAGAGAUGGGGCAGGGAGGUGUUUGUUGGAGGGAGGAUGGGGAGGGCUGGGGGGGAAUAGACACACCCCGUUUGGGAAGUCUACAAUCCUCUCCACGGUUUCAUUUUUACUUCCUCAUCAUUAGUGUCCAAGAAAGAGUCCAAACGAACAAAGGGUCGGUGACGCUGGCUGUUAGGGGAGGUGACAUGACGGGGUGGGAGAGGGAUGCACAGCAUGGGUGACUUUAAUUUGGGGAUCAGGGCUGAGUGGAGGGGGCUGCCCUGUCUGCAUCUCUCUGUAACUGUGGGCAGGAAAGUCGUCUCUCGGGGGUGCGUGUAGCCUGUUCUGUGUUUGCCAUGAACUUUGGUCAUUAAUACAAAUGAAACAUCUCCUCUCCGUG